UGUACACCGCUCCACCACUUGCUCGAGCUGCUGCUGGCCCGGCCGGCCACCCUCGGGCGGGGAUGGCAGACGUGGCAGCGUUCAGUCCCUCGCCGCCGGCACCGUCUCCGCUCGCGGCCGCCGACGUCGCUGCCGACGCGCUCCUCGCGCCUUGGCCGCUGUCCCCGUGGCCGGCGCCCCUCCGGCGCGGCGGCGACGACGGCGGGUCCAACCCGCUCUUCGCGAUACUGCCGCUUUCGGCGCUGGCGAUAGGGCUGGUGCUGCUCGUGGCCGUGGCGCUCAUCCUGGUGCUGACCCGCCGGGCGAAGCUCAGGCUGGUGGCCGCCGGGGACAGCGUGGACGGCGACAAACCCGGCGCGCCGGCGUCCAGCUGCGGCAGCAGCGUCCGCGGCUACCAAAAUGGCAGGUGCUACGCCGCCACAGGGUGCAUAUACGGCGGGCGGCUGGGCCCUCUGGGGCUGGCGGUGGUGCAGCCGCGGAGCCGGGGCGCGCAGGUGUUCACGUACCGGGAGCUGGAGCGCGCCACGGACGGGUUCGGCGAGGGCAACGUGCUGGGCCGGGGCGCGUACGGCGUGGUCUUCCGCGGCCGCCUCGGCGACGGCACCCCGGCCGCCAUCAAGCGCCUGCAGCUCGACCCCCGGCGCCAGGGCGAGCGCGAGUUCCGCGUCGAGGUGGACCUGCUGAGCCGGAUGCACUCGCCGCACCUGGUGGGCCUGCUGGGGUACUGCGCCGACCAGAGCCACCGGCUGCUGGUGUUCGAGUUCAUGCCCAACGGCAGCCUCAAGGGCCACCUGCACCCCGCCGUCGUCCCCGCCGCCGGGGAGCAGCGGCCGGCGCUGGACUGGCAGACGCGGCUGGGCAUCGCGCUGGACUGCGCCCGCGCGCUGGAGUUCCUGCACGAGCACACCUCCCCCGCCGUCAUCCACCGCGACUUCAACUGCAGCAACGUCCUCCUCGACCACAACUACCGCGCCCGCGUCUCCGACUUCGGCACCGCCAAGGUCGGCUCCAACAAGGCCAACGGCCAGGUCGUCACGCGCGUCCUCGGCACCACCGGCUACCUCGCGCCAGAGUACGCGUCGACGGGGAAGCUGACGACCAAGUCGGACGUGUACAGCUACGGGGUGGUGCUCCUGGAGCUGCUGACGGGCCGGGUGCCGGUGGACACGCAGCGGCCGCCGGGACAGCACGUCCUGGUUUCAUGGGCUCUUCCACGGCUGACGAACCGCGAGAGGCUCGUGCAGAUGGUCGACCCGGCCCUGAAAGGCCAGUUCCCCGUCAAGGAUCUCAUCCAGGUGGCGGCGAUCGCGGCGAUGUGCAUACAGACCAAGGCGGAGUACCGGCCGCUGAUGACGGACGUGGUGCAGUCGCUCAUCCCCAUCGUGAAGAAGAGCCCCUCCAUGUCCUGCUCCUCCACGCCGGCGAGGCCCCUGCAGCACGUCGUCUACAUGAGCCCAGCCGCUGCCAGCAACACGUCCUAGGCCACCACACGAUCGUCCGACGACGGGCUGGAUUUCUCAGAGCUGCGCUUACCGUGCACUGCGCUGCGCUGCAUGUCAGUAAGGCUGACGCGUCUCAACUGAAGAUAUCAGAUUUUUUUUACAUGGGUUUGCCCGAGCUAGUCCU